AUGACACCUCCAAAGAUUGAAGAGCUUCCGGACGAAGAGCCCAAAGUGGCAAAACCACCCAAGAAGAACCCAUUUGCAUUACGUCCCAAAAAGACAACUAUUCAAAGAUCUGUGGAUGAGGUGUACCCAUUACGAAAGGGCCUCAAUAAACCCGAGAUCAAAAGCACCAAACCAAUCGACUUGUUAUUCGAAAAAUUGGAAAAUGUGUUGGAUUUAGAGUAUGAUCAGUUGACUAUCGAUGUCUUGUACCAACGUUUGUUCAAUGAUAAACAAGAGUUUGAUUCUUUUACGAAAAGAUAUGAAGUUAUUGAGCAAUUGCUAGAUUAUUUGAUUGAUAUACAGAAAUUGUCAAUGAACUCGAUUCAAAACGACGAUAAAAAUCUUAUUGCCAUUUCAUUACAUGACCUCAAGACAUUUAGUAAGUUACUUAAUGUCAUCAUCAUACACGGCGUGUAUCCGCCUUUGAAUAUACUCCGCAUAGGUAUACAGUUUGAAAAAAGGCAAUUAAAGAAUUUUUCAAACAACAAGAACUUGAUUAAGAUUGACAAGUUGCCUCAGACUGAUUUUGCAUAUAUUGAAAAGCUUUUGACUUUGAUUUAUACAAAGCUAUUGCGGGUUUUACUGAUAAAAUCUGAUGUUGCUAGUUUAUUAUUAAAGGGAACCGGCUACACCGACUUUUUGGUUGUGGCUAUUACAUUGAUUGUCAUCCCUCAGUUUAAUUCCAGUGAUAUCGACUUUGCUAAAAUUGAAAGCAUAGCAUCGACGUUUGAGUUAUACCAGACAUAUUCUUUGUUGUUAACCACACCAUCUCCAGCUAUUUUCAAAAAGUUUGUAAUGUCACAUUUGGGGUCACUCCACUAUUCAAGACCAAAUGGUAUACUCACACUAAUUGAGUUUGUUCUUGGGUUGCGAGACCAAGAGGAAAUAAACAUCGAAAAGUUUGAUAAUGUGGCAAAUGUUGUUUUGCAGAAACCCGCCAACGUCGACACCAAGAGUUAUUUUAUGUCAGUUGGGAAUCAAAUGUAUGACUUGUUGAUUAAUAUCAACCGACCAAAUGUUACUUCAUGUGUGGCAUAUGUUUUGGAAAAAUUAUGGCAGAGAAACAAACUAGUUGUAACGGAUUUUGUUUUGCAAAGAAUAUGGAACAACUUCAAUCCUCCACCAAAAGACGAAGGUAUCUUAGUGACUGAAGCCCAAUUGAAUAACAAUAUUAAUGUGAUAUUAUCUUUAACCAAAAAGGGGUUGGAACCCGAUUUAUACCAAGCUGUUAUUCAACCUGUGUUACUACCACUUUGGGGGUAUUACACCUUUCUAAAACAAAACGGUAAAGAAGGUGGGGUCGCCUUGAACAUUUUGACUAGCUAUUUUACAUUAAUGAAGGGUAUCGACGAUCUGGGAUUGCCAACUAUAGCUAAAAAUUUACUUUACAAACAUGGAGAAAACUGGAAAUAUGAAUUUGGCGACAACAACUUGACCCAAAUUGUGACAGAAAAACCCGAAUUUGUAUCUCAGAGCAAAGAGUCCAAAAUCAAUAAAUUCUUGAACGAUUUGGACUUUGCUUGCGAAUUGUUUGUCAAGGUAUUGGAGGAAUUGGAUGAUAGUCUAAUUCAACAGCUAUUUGUAAAAAUCUUGAACAACUGGUUAAACAAUGACACACAAAUUUUAGGAGGCGAAGAAAGAGAUCCAUUUCUAAUGCUUCUUGAUUUACGUUUAUUAGAAAAAAUAGGGGAGAAGUUUAGAGAGAAUUUAGCAACGAACCCAAUUGAUAUGUUAGAAUUGGUACAGAGUUUUCUCAGUUCCUACAAGCCAAACAGCAAAGAGAAUGAACACAGCGCCGAAGAUUCAGACGACGAAAUGGAUGACGAUGAGCUGGAGUUUAAUCUGGAUCAAACUAUAACUGUUCUCCUCCAGUUAUUGUCAGCAAUUAUUUCCGAAAACGAUAUUAUUCUUGACAACAAGGGUUCCGAGUUGUUGUCGAGUAUCAAAAAAAUUCUAUCGACGAAUUCACAGUUUCAAGCUAGCUCACUUAAGGGUUCAGCAGAUGCAUUAUGCACAAGAAUUGAAAGUUUACUAUCUAACAAUAAUGAGAUACUUCCUGCCAACGAAUCUGAAGCCCAGAAACAAAUUUUGCAGCGGGCCAUAACCAAUUUAAACGACCCCUUAGUACCCAUUCGAGCCCAUGGAUUAUAUUUGUUGAGACAAUUGAUUGAAAUGAAAAGCUCAGUAAUUACAUUGGAUUUUGCAAUAAAUUUACAUCUCGUACAAUUGAAAGACCCAGAACCAUUUAUAUAUCUCAACGUGAUCAAAGGACUUGAAACUUUAAUUGAGUGGAACGAGCCACUAGUUUUGGAUAGCUUGUGCAAGUUAUAUUUACAAGAUGAUGUUGAGUUGGACGAAAAACUAAGAAUUGGAGAGGUGAUUCUUCGGUAUAUUCAAAGAGCAGGGCAAACAUUUACCGGGAAUUCUGCUAAAUUGAUUGUAGAAACAACAUUGGCGGUGAUUCGAAGAGCAGGCAACAAUAGAAAAGAUGACAGAUUAAGAAUGUCGAGCAUGUCGUUGUUGGGUACAUGUUGCAAGGUCAAUCCGUUGGGGAUGAUUGAUAAUUUGAACUAUGCGUUGGAUGCAAGUAUUGGUAUUUUGGAAUUAGAAACAGACAAGGAUCAAGCUAUAAUGAGACGUGCAGCCAUUAUGUUGAUAUAUGAUUUGAUACUAGGAACAUCAGAGACUGACAAAGUCGAGUUUCCUCAGCAGUACAAAAGCAAGGUUAUAACUGUAUUGAGAUAUGUUGCUGAAACAGAUAACGAUUUAUUGGUCAGAGAACAGGCACAAAAAGUGUUCGCAACCGUGGAAGAGUUGAUUGAAUUAGCCAUGGAAUUAUACAAAGAGGAAAAUCAAGUACAAUGA